GUCCAUUUUCUUGCCUUAUUUGGAUUCUUUGGUUCAAUCGUUGAAAGAUAGGUUUUCAGAUAGAAACAAACCAUCAUUUGAAAUUUUCAAUCUGCACCCUAAAAUCAUGAAAGAUCUUUCUAAGGAAGAUUUUGAAAAGUCUAUUAACAAUAUAAACAGCACGUAUUGUGAAUUGUUAGACAACUUUAAGGAGCAAUCAAUUCUGUGGUUCGACCUUUGGAAAAACACGGAGAUAGAUGCCAAAGCCUUGGAAAAACUGAACUUAAUAGAGGUUCUUGAGCAUGAGCAUGCCUGCUUUUUGCCGUCAGUAGCAAAAGCCAUCCAAAUAGCUCUUUGUCUGCCACCAACAACUUGCACCAUCGAGCGAUCAUUCAGCACUCUCAAACGUGUGAAGACCUGGAUAAGGAAUACGAUGUCGAACAAUCGUCUAAGUGGGCUAUGCCUGUUAUCUGUACACAGAAGAAAAAUAAAAGAAAAUAUAGAAAACUUCAUGCAGAAAGUAAUUGAUUUAUUUGCGAUGGACACCAGAAGAAUUCAAUUAUUAUUUAAGUAACAUUUUACUGACACUAACCGUGUUGCGUUUUAAACAGCAAAACAAUUUUUCUUGUA